CGGUAUUAUAAGUUUUCCACUUUAACCUCGAUUUCAGAAAGUUCUCGUAGGAUUCACCGGGGAGCUCGAACGCGAUCGGUUGGGGGCUCUGUCCUCCGUCACUUGCUUUGUUCUGCUCUCAGAUCAGCAUGGCUGGGAGAGAUCGUGUGCCUCGUCAAGCGUUUGAAGAGUGAUGGCAUGAAUAUCCUGCUCCUCCUGAACGGUCAUUUGUUCAAGGUCUAAUAGUUCGCCCCCCUGACCCUGCAGAAUUGAAGACAAACUUGAAUUGCAAAUGCUGGAGAUAAGGAAACUUUUGGUUGACAAUCAUAGGCUAGCAGAGGAUUGAAUGUCUUUGCAUCGGGAGAUGAUUGAUACCCAGGAGGGAAUCGGUCGGUGGACAUGGUGAUUACAAAUAUCCAUGCUGAGAAAGAAACCCAUGCAAGGGAGUUGAUUGAGAAAGGUCUAAAGCUUGAGGCUGACCUGAGAGCUGCUGAACCUUUAAGGGAGGAAGUCAUACAUCUUCGUUUGCAAAUUAAGAAGUUAACUUCUACAAAGCAGGAGCUCACCAACCAGGUUCAAUCUCUGACACAAGAAUUAACAAGAGUGCGAGCUGAUAAUCAACAAAUCCUCACUAUGAAGGCUGAAAUUGAUAAGCUUCAUCAGGAACUUAUGCGUGUUUGGACGGGUAUUGAGUACGAGAAGAAAGGAAACUAUAAACUAAUGGAACAAAAGCAGUCAAUGGAGAAAAAGUUGAUUUCCAUGACAUGUGAGAUUGAAAAGUCGCGUGCUGAUUUGGCUACCAUGGAUGGGAGACCAUGGGUUGUAGCUGAAGGCUGUUUCAUCCUUAGCAAGGCAUUGUACAUUACUGGGUUCCUUACUGGACAAAUAUUUUUUAUGUGCUUUUGAAUGGUUUGGAUGUCUGUAGCAACUGAUUCAGAAAUCUGCUCCAGGUAACAUUCAUCCUUAUGUCUAAAGUUAACAAUCUAGAGUUUGGUUGAGCAGCUGAAGCCUGAAGCAAUUACUUCCAAGCAUAGUUUCCAGCAGUAAUUAGUAUCUUGUGUUAAAUAUUCUUGACCAUGAAAGGUCAAAGACUUAACUAGUUCCAUAUUCUCAAAUGUCAACUUCACAAAUCCUUUUCCUCAACUAAUGAGAUCUACUAAUUACGUUUAUGCUUACAA